AUUUGAUUUCCCAUACGCCGCGUCCUCCAUUUGUCGUGGUCUCUGUUGAUUGGACGCCAGCAGGCUGAAAAAGCCAGUGUUGGAGAAUAAUGGAGACGCGCAGCAGGUUGUGCUGAGCUGACAGUGGUGUGCUGAGUUCAUGGCCCGGUUUGGGAAGUUUGGAAGACUUUGUUUUCUCCUCCUGCUGUUCCGGUUAGUGGAGCUGGAGGAUAACGGGGGCUGGGGUCUGGAUUCUAGUCUUAGUGAUGAAGGCGACUGCAACGUUGAUGUCCGGGAUGUGAAUUCCAUCACAUACACUGAGUUUAUACACAAUUAUGCCUACACUAAGCCUGUAAUACUGAGAGGAGUCACUGAUAACACGAAAUUCCGCUUCCUGUGUUCCAAGGCCAGCCUGCUGAGCGAGUACAGGGAUAAAAUAGUCCGACUGAGUACCGCCAACACACACUCCUACAGGAAAGUGGAUGUGCAGUUUGAAGAGUUUGUGAAGUUCCUGUUGACCCCUCAGUCUGAAGAUACACUGGGCAGUGAUACGCUGUAUUUCUUUGGUGAUAAUAACUUCACUGAGUGGCACUCUCUGUUUGGGGAAUAUAAAGCUCCACCUUACGGUUUACCACACACCAGCCCAGCGUACAGCUUCGGAAUUGCAGGUGCAGGUACUGGAGUACCGUUUCAUUGGCAUGGUCCGGGAUACUCAGAAGUCAUCUAUGGUAGAAAACGAUGGUUCCUGUACCCUCCUGAUCAGUCUCCUGAGUUCCACCCCAAUCACACCACACUGUCUUGGGUGAAACACUCCUACCCCAACCUGGAGAUACACAACAAACCGCUGGAGUGUACCAUUCGACCAGGAGAGGUGCUGUAUUUUCCAGACCGCUGGUGGCACGCCACUCUGAACCUGGACGUGAGUGUUUUCAUCUCUACCUUUCUGGGCUGAACUCUGAACUCUCCCCAACCGGACAAAUUACACCUAGAGAACUGCUGGCAUCUUUACAGGACCAAUCAGAAUUCCUCAUUCACUGACAUCACACAAAAAGGACCAAUAACAUCUACACAUUCAUGGGCAUUAUUACAAGAGGAGCAGUUGGACAAACCAAGUGACCUGAUGGACGAAUCAAGGAUGAGAAAUUAAAUGAAGCAAUCCAAAGUCAGUGCUUUAUCAUGCAAGACAGACAUAUUCUUUUAUAUUUAAUCGGCAUUUCAGACCAAAGCAGCAUGGGUGAAUCUACAUGACUGCAGUAAGAAAAUGGGGAAGAAAAUUUAAAGAAACAUCUUGAAUAUAUAUAUAAAUGACACAAUGUUUCUCGUUGUAAGAUUGUUGUCCUCCAAUAUUAACAUGCAAUAUAUUUAUAGACAUUUUUAUUGGUUUUAAAACUACUUGAACAUUAAAGGGGGGUUUUAAAGAUUUUUCAAAAUGUCUGCAUAAUUAGAAGAUUAAGAUGUAAACAAAGUCAUGAAAACCACAGUGGUUUCAUGUGAAAUGCUUGGUUCUAGAAAAGCCUACCAAGUCAAAAUUUUCACAACAGUUGUAGGAACCGGACAUCUUAAGAGUUUAAUGCUGUUAAGCUCUCUCACAGAAAGUUAUUACCUGAAAUGUAUAAUUCAUUUUAAAACAUCUGUUUACGGUGGAGAGGCAUAAAAGGUGUUGUAAGGCAAAAUGGUACUCAAAGAAAACGUGUUUUUCAGAUUUACUGCUAUUUUAUCAAUAUUAAUCGCUGCUGUCAGAACAAAACCUCCUGUCUCCAUUUUUGUCCUUUUUCAGUUUUUGACAUAAUUUGAAAUUGCCUGUUUCCCUUUACAUAGUGUGUUAAUUUCAUAAUGGAUGGACCUAAAGAAAUGACCCAGACCUACUUGGGAAAAUGCCUGUUUCCAUUGACCUCAAUUAAAAGCAAAGUCAGUUUUCCUUUCUCUUGUAAAGUUAUCAUUUUGGAGAUAUGAGGUUUUGACAGCAACAAAAACUCAGAAUACAUGUGUGUUCCCAAGUCGCUUUGAUUAUCGUUGUAAAAUGUGAGAUGGUUUUUCACAUUCACAUGGAUGACUUUGUUUACAUCUCGUUGAUUGAAUUGUGCAGAUGUUUUCUUAAAAAAAAAAACAAUUAUCUGCCACUGCAGAAAGAUGAUUAGACUUGGUUAUUUAAAAAUUAAAAUGGCUAGAAAGUGGUUGAAUAAUGUUACAAUCUUACAAUCGACUCUUCAUGAAAAAUAUUAUGUGUCAUAACUUUAUUGGUUGUGACAUUUUAACAGCAGAAAAAAACUAAUCACAGACAGAACAACAAGUUUUACCUCAGACUAUUGAUACACUUGUCUUUGUUUUGGCUUGAAGUGCUUGUUCUCAUAUUUGUGACUUUUGGGUUUAUCACCUUUUGAUAAAUGAACAGCUGUAAAAUUAUUAAUAAACUUUUAAAACAAA